CAACCGACAUGGAUUAGACGCCAUCUUUGCUUCAACCUUUCAGUCGCCUCCACGGAUUUGCGGGCGUUUCAUCGCCUAUUUUCAAUGUUUUGCUCAAUUAUAUCAUUAAUGUUUGUGUCGAAAACUACGUAAAAAGUUUUAAGUGUCUUGCGUAACAGUUGAAUGCAAAAAUGAGUUUUUUCGGGUUCGGUCAGACGGCUGAUAUCGAAAUCGUGUUCGAUGAUGCUGACAAACGAAAAGUUGCCGAAGUGAAAACGGAUGAUGGUAAAAAAGAGAAGUUAUUGCUGUAUUACGACGGCGAAACCGUAUCCGGACGUGUUAAUGUCACUUUACGGAAACCCGGUUCGAAAUUGGAGCAUCAAGGAAUUAAAGUAGAGCUCAUAGGUCAAAUUGAAUUAUUCUACGACAGAGGGAAUCAUCACGAAUUCAUAUCAUUAGUAAAGGAGCUAGCGAGGCCAGGAGAUUUGCUUCAGCACACAUCGUAUCCAUUUGAGUUUGCCAAUGUCGAAAAACCUUACGAAGUAUAUACUGGUGCUAAUGUAAGACUAAGGUAUUUUCUUCGAGCUACUAUUGUUCGGCGGCUCACAGACGUUGUAAAGGAAGUUGACAUCGCAGUUCAUACUCUGUGCAGCUACCCUGAUGUUUUGAACUCUAUAAAAAUGGAAGUAGGCAUUGAGGAUUGUCUACAUAUAGAGUUUGAGUACAACAAGGCUAAAUAUCAUUUGAAAGAUGUCAUUGUAGGCAAAAUUUACUUUUUAUUGGUGCGCAUCAAAAUUAAACACAUGGAAAUAUCUAUAAUUAAAAGAGAAACAACAGGUACCGGUCCAAAUACAUUUACAGAAAAUGAGACAGUAGCAAAAUAUGAAAUAAUGGAUGGUGCACCGGUGAGGGGAGAGAGUAUUCCAAUAAGGGUAUUCCUAGCAGGGUAUGACUUGACACCUACCAUGAGAGAUAUAAACAAUAAAUUCUCAGUAAGAUACUACCUUAAUCUUGUUCUAAUGGACACAGAAGACCGUCGAUACUUUAAACAGCAAGAAGUUACACUUUGGAGGAAGAGUGAUAAAUCUAGAUUACCAUUGCACAAUCCACAUCUUCCACAGACAUUGUCUCACCCACCAAGCAUGCCUACGCAGAGACAACAUAGUGUGUCAAGUGAAGAAAAUUCUGCAAGGGGAGUUUUACCUUCGAUUCCAGAAAAUGCUAUGCAACGAUCAGUCUCUCCACCAAUGCCAGAUGUUAGCAAGCAGAAUGGCCCCGCUGAAAUGGAACAGGAAAGCCCAGAUAUAACAAACCAGUUAUCUAACACACAUAUCCAAGCCAAUGAAGUAACUAAGUCAGUGACAUCUGAUAAUAUUGAACGCUCUGACACACCCACUGAAAGAGUAGCUGAUAAACAAGAAAUACUUGAAAAGCCAUUGGUAGCAGAAAAACCACAGGUUGCAGAAAAACCACAGGUUGCAGAAAAACCUCAGAUUUCAGAAAAACCUCAAGUUGCAGAAAAACCUCAGAUUGCUGAGAAGCCUCAAAUUGCCGAAAAGCCACAAUUGGAGAAGCCAGUUGUAAGCCAGCCUGCACCUGUUGAAGCAGAUCCAAGUCAAUAGCCUUUAUAUUAUGUAAAGUUGCUGCUGUUGCUGACAUUGUGAACUGCGUGUUUUCAUAUUU